UAUUAACGUGGAUCAGGGAGUGAGGACCGGCUCGAACUCGCCGCGGCGUGAACAAUCUCGUCGCAGUCGGUGAGCGCACUUGGCUUUCAGUGAAAGCUGCACUUGACUUCAGACAGUGAGACCUCACUCUGCAGCAGCAAACAUGUCUCGCUUCGGCGCUCGUCUAUUCCUAGUUGUUUCCCAACACGCUACAGCUAGAUCCGUGGUGUUACCGAGGAGGAUCCCAGCAGUCAUCCGUCCUUUUACCACCAGUCAAGGCACGGGGGGCCUGCGAUCUCUCACCCGUUAUGAUCAGAAUACAAACUGGCAAAAAAAACUCACCCCAGAGGAGUAUGUAGUGACCAGAGAAAAGGGGACUGAGGAGCCCUUUAGUGGGAUCUACCUUAACCACUACGAAAUGGGGAUGUACCACUGUGUCUGCUGUGAUGCUCCACUUUUCAGUUCAGAGGCUAAGUAUGACUCGGGGACAGGUUGGCCAGCAUUCAAAGAGGCUCAUGGGACAUGGGAACGGGAUGAAAGCCACGCCUCCAUCAUCCGUCGUCCUGACAACAGCCUGGGUAGUCCUGGGACAGAGGUCCUUUGUAAAAACUGUGAUUCCCACCUGGGUCAUGUAUUUGAUGAUGGGCCGGACCCAACAGGUCAGCGGUUCUGUAUUAACAGUGUUGCCCUCAAGUUUAAAGCCAGAGAAAACAACAAACUUGAAAAGCCUGAAUAAAAACACUGAUCUAUCUGGACUUGCUUAAAUCACUAAGAGCCAUGUUUCAUUUCAUUGAAUUGAUUUGUAUGUCAAAACAUUGAUACAGUAUAAUGUUUUUUGUUGAUCCAUACAAGAGGCUUUAUAUGGAACAAAGUGUUAUAAUGUUUGAAUUUUGGAGGAAAUGGACUUCAUGGGGAUUAUUAAACUGGAAGUGAAUUAAGCAUCUUGUUGAGAAACUAUAUGCUCACUGGAAGGAAGACUACAUAUGACAAAUAUACAGCACAUAAUUCACAUAAACCCAUACUGUAGAGCCAAAUAUACCAUCAGCUUCUACAGUCAACACAAAAGAUUUUGUUUAUAAUCAUUUUCUAAUUUUUGUUGAGUGAAAAAUGAAAGAAAUGUCUUAAAGAAUUUAAACUGAUGUUGGAUUUGUCUUCACAUCUGUGUAUGACUACAUUCUCACACUGGCCUCAAUUGAAUUGCAGACUUCAAAACACAGGAAGUGCUGUUAUGGCACUCCUGCUUCUUGUGUUUUUUUUAAUGCUGAAAUGCACAGAUUCACGUGACUUGUAUAUGUUUGUAAUUCUGCAAAUUUGUCUAAUUUGUCUAAUAAUUUGUCAAUAAAUGCACAUUUAGUUUGUUCUCUA